AUGCCUUCUGAAUGCUCAACAAAUCCUUUACAGCGUGCACUCGCUGAUUCCAUUAUUCGAAUGGUGUCGAUGGACGAACUGAGAAUUUUAUUCGCUUGCGGCGCUAAAGUAAACGAACCCGUCACUCAAGGUCUUUGUGCUCUUCACUACGCAGUUUGGCAAAAGAAUAUCGCAGCUAUUCAAUUGCUUUUAGUACGCGGUGCAGAGAUUAAUAUAGUUGAUGACUGUGGAUAUUCAGCACUUCAUCUUGCAGCAGAACACGGAUAUUAUGACAUCUGUAAAUUAUUACUUGAUGCUGGCGCUAAAGUUGACUAUCGUGAACCAACUGACGAGAUUUUUCCACGAACAACAUUGUGUGAUGAGCCAUUGAGAUUGGCAUUGAGAAAUAAACAUUAUGAAGUGGCAAAGCUUCUCUGCGAAAGAAAUGCAGAUGUAAAUAAGAGAUAUUUUUUCGGAGCAGAAAUCAAUCUUGCCAGCGACCUUGAGUCAUUGGAAUUAUUAUUAAACUUUGGAGCUAAUACAGAAAUUCGAGAUCGUCAAGGAUUAACUCCACUUAUGAGAUAUGCUCGUCAAGUCAAUGGAAUGGAAGCUGUCUUACUCUUAAUGAAGUACGGUGCUGAUGUUAAUGCAAUGGCUGAUGGACGAAAUGAUUUCAGGACUGUUUUGCACUAUGCCAUUUUGUCUGGCAAUAUGCAGCUUGUCACAUUAUUGCUUAAACAAGGUGCAAAAGUUGAUGUUUUACCACCAAUGCCUGAACCAGAUAGAGCAUCUCCUCUUGAUUUAGCAAUUUUACGUGGUGAUCCAGCCUUAGUUCGAAUGUUGUUAGAACAUGGAGCAAAUGUCAACCGUUGCAGCCCAAUUAUUGGAUCUCCUCUUCAUGUUGCAUGUGCUGACAAAAUUUUACAUAGAGUAGAAAUAAUGAAGAUGCUACUCUCCUACGGAGCAAACCCAAAUCUAAGAGUGUAUGGCGAGAUGGGAAGUAAUGCAACAUUAAGACCACCAAUAGCUGAACUUUUGAUCAGUAAUGAUAAUGUCACAUUAGAGGAAGUAAAGCUUCUUCUCAAGCACGGCGCACGUGUCAUCAUAAAAACACAAUUUCGUGAUCCAGACGGUAUCCUUAAUUGCUUAUCAAACCUCUCAGCUGAUUCACCUGUUUUUCAACACAUUGUUGAAUCCGCUGAAGAAUUUGACCCCUGCAUGAUCAGACGUACCCAACAUAUCACAGAGAGACAACGUGCAAUGAUAAUGGCAAAAGCAACCACACCACUCUCCCUCCAAGCUUCAUGUCGAUCAUUCUUCCGCAAAUUAUUUGGAACUAAAUUACCUGAGAAAGUUCCUCAGUUACAAUUUCACAACAUGCUUCACAAAUAUCUUCUUUAUGAGACAUAUUGA